GGUCAUUUACGAAACCAAUUAGUACUAAAAAGAAGCAUUCAUUUUUCAUAUCGCUGGUGGUGCAUGUUCAUUGUAGACUUUCUAGAUAGAGAACUCGUGGAGCGGCAGAUUGUACUUUCAUGCUGAUUAUGGUUCCGUUUCUCCUUAUCCUUGCUCACCUGUUACUCUAUCAGCAAACUCAAACUAGUGACCAGCUACAACAAUUCCACCAGAUGAGUGUUUGAGAAAUGUUCACAACAGUAGAGUAGUUAUGCUGAUUAAUGCGCGUGAAAUGUAUUUGCAAAGUCUUUUCACUACAGUUUUCUACGUUCAUCAAAUGGUAUUCUUUUGGAAAAAAUAAAUAAUUUGUGGCUUGAUAUUGACUAUUGAGGGACAUAAAAAAUGACGGAUAGUUAAUAAAUCCAAAGAACAGGGGUGCCAAAUGUAAUUUCAACAGAAAGUUUGAGGAAAUUCACUCAGAAUCCAGUUUUAAGUCUUUUAUAUUACCAUCAACGACUGAGCAGUGAGCACUUCGCCCAAAGAAAGAGGUAAGAAGUUAAAUCCCUAAAACCCUAAAAGUAUGUCUUCCCGUCUGGUCAUUCGUCAGGUCCGCCACCUCUCGACCACCGUUGGAGCGGCCGCCAACGCUACGACCGCCGCCGCUGUAUCCUCCACAGGUACCUCCGAAAACCCUUCUACCAUCUCCAUCUCCAAAGCCAAAUCGUUACUCAAAAACGUAUUCGACCCUGACCGAGCAAUUGAGAUCUACUCCUCCGUCGCCCCACCUAAAAAUGCCUCCGCUGCUUUCUCUCGAUACACUCAACAAUACACCGUCCGCCGCCUUGCAAAAGUUCACCGCUUCUCUGACAUUGAAACCUUCCUUGAAUCCCACAAAAAAGACUCAAAAAUCACACAGGAACACUUCCUCUCAUCCAUCAUUCGAUCAUAUGGUAUUGCUGGCAUGUUUGAUCAUGCCCUUAAGACUUAUAACCAGAUGGAUGACUUGGGCACCCCCAGAUCGAAUGUUUCAUUUAAUGCUCUUCUCUCUGCUUGCAAUUCGUCAAAAAAAUUUAGUCAGGUGCCUGAGCUGUUCGAUGAUUUGCCUAAAAGAUAUGAAUUUCUGCCGAAUACUUAUUCAUAUGGGAAUUUGAUUAAGGCUUAUUGUGAAAUGGGGUCGCCCGAUUUGGCGAUGGAGAGGCUGAAGGAAAUGGAAGAAAAUGAUAUUGAGAUUACAGCUGUUAUUUGUUCUCCCAUUGUGAAUGCGUUCUAUAAGAAAGGGAUGGUUGAAGAGGCAGAGAACUUAUGGAAUGAGAUGGUGAAAAGAGGGUGUCUUGAUGUUGGAGCCUAUAAUAUGAAGAUUCACCAGAUUUAUGGUGGGAAUCCUGAAACUGUGAAGGGCCUAAUUGAGGAGGUCAAGAGAGCUGGUUUGAAACCAGAUACUAUAACUUACAACUAUCUGAUGACUAGUUACUGUGUGAACGGGAUGAUGGAUGAGGCCCUCAAGGUUUAUGAGGACUUGGAGGUGAAUUGCUGCAAACCCAAUGCUGCAACGUAUCGGACAUUGGUAUUCCAUUUAUGCAAGAAGCAGAUGUUUGAGAGAGCCCACAAGAUAUACAAGCAGAGCAUGAUGGUGAACAAGAUUCCUGACUUUAAUACCUUGAAGCAUUUGGUAGAAGGAUUAGUGAAAAUGUCUAGGGAGCAACAGGCUAGAGGAGUGAUUAAGACGGUGAAGAAGAAGUUCCCUCCUAAUGUUGUGAAGGCUUGGGAGAAGCUGCAGAUAGAACUUGGUUUGGAUAGUGUUGAUGUCAACUGCAAGGUUGAUUUGGAGGAGACGUAAAAGGAAGUUAGAGAGGAGAGCCAGAGAUUUUGAAAUGAUGUUUAUCAGCCUGAGGCGCCUGAAUGGUUUAAUAUUCUAUUGCCUAUUUUCCCUGUUGGUAAAAUGUCUGGCAAUCAUUAAGAUGUGAAAUCUUGCAUGAGCUGUAUAAUGCUUUCAGAAAGGUGUUUGAUACUUCUGUCUACUCAUCAACAGGGAUGAUAAGCAAACAUUGAGCAUUCAUCUCUAUGUAUUGUUGCAGUUUCAAAUUGAAUGAUUGCAUCUGGCAAUCAAUUAGAUGUGAUGCCUUCGGUUAGCUGUAUAAUGUUUUCAGAAACAUGUGUGAUAGUCUGUCUCUGCUCAUCAAUGGGUGAUGAUGAUAAGCACCUUUAGCAUUUGACGCCUGUAUGUAUUGUUGCAGUUUCAAAGUGAAUGUUUGCAUGUGGCAGUCAAUAAGAUGUGAUAUC